AUGCAGACAGGAAAUUUCGGGAUUGUUGAUUAUAUUAAAGUAGAUGAGGUAAAUGUUGCAAGCCAAUACAUCCAAAAUAAUCCUAAUUUGCUUCAAGAAAUGUUUCCUCUUCCAAUUACAGAUAGGAUUUUAAGUAUCUGGAACAAGCCGAAUUUAUCAUUAUUACAAAUUGCUGCAUAUUAUGGAGCACUCAAUUGCUUUAAUUUGCUCAUGCAAUGCAAGGCAUUGUACAAGCCUAAUACGAAACCGAACAUUAUUGCCUGUGCGGCUGCAGGAGGCAACAUGAAUAUUUUAAAUACUGUAAUAAAUUGGGAGUCUGAUAUUUCGGAUGCGUUAUUUACAGCUAUCGCAUUCAAGAGAAAUGAAAUCUUUUGCAUGUUACAGAGUUCAAGUGGAACCCCUCCAACGAAGACGACAAAUAACGAUCAAACCUUUUUCCAUAUUGCUGCAGCUUAUAAUAACGUUCAAAUUUUCCAGUAUUUACUAAAUUUAGGCGUUAACGUCAAUCAAGCUAACACAAAUGGCUCUACUCCAUUGCAUUUAGCCAUUAUUCAUCACAAUGAAGCUGCUAUUAAUACACUUCUAACAAUUCCUGGUAUAGAAGUAAAUAGAUACUCAAACAAACAUGGAUAUCCAAUCCACUUAUGCAUUUCCGAGAACUUUGCUGGACCAUUCAGAUCUUUAGUCCAGCGACAAGACAUAGAUCUUAACGUUGGAGAUCAUUUAGGUCAGAGACCUCUUUCUUUGGCCAUUAGAGACAAAAGGAUCGAAUUUGUACAGGUCAUGAUUGCUAAUCCAACAAUUCAACCCGAUUUUCCUGACUGUCAUGGUCAAACUUCGUUGAUGAUGGCAAUCCACCAAGAUUCAAUAGAAAUCUUCUCAAUGAUCCUCAUGUUACAGAAAGGAAAUAUUAACCAGACAGAUGAGAAGAUGAGAACUGCAUUACAUCACAUUGUUGACCUUGGAAAAAGAGAUUAUCUUCUAAAAAUCCUCCAAUACCCUAUAAACGUGAACGCUAGAGAUUCUAGUGGUCAAACACCAUUGAUGAUUGCCGCAAAUAAGAAUAACGUAGAAAUUUUCUCAAUUCUUUUAUCACAUCCACAUAUUAACGUUAAUUUGCAGGAUUACUUGCUCAAUACCGCUCUGCAUUAUAUAGUUGAGAAGAAGAGCGAACAAAUGCUUAACGAAAUUACAAGGAGAAACGAUUUAGACUGGAAUUUACAGAAUAAGAGCGGAGAUACAGCAUUUCACAUGGCAGUUCAGAAGAACUUCGAAAAAGGAAUUAAUAUAAUGUUAUUCUCAAAGAAGAUCAAUCCAGAUGCCAGGAAUUACAAAGGAGUUUCAAUUGCAAUGUUAUUAGCACAAAAUCAAAACUCAGAGUUUCUCAAAGCAUUCUUCCAAAUGUAUAAAGUCGAUGUAACAAUACCAGACUUCGCAGGAGAUAAUCUUUACCAUUAUGCUGCCAAAAUUAAUGAAAAUCUGAAAGUUUUAGACUCGUUUGGGCUUCCUAUUAAUCCAACGAGUAUUAACAAUCAAGGUAAAUCACCGUCCGUUAUUGCAAACAAGGAAGGCAAACAAAUUCUUGAAUUUGCGACAAAUAAUUAUUAUCGCAACUACGCUCCUCAUAUGUUGGCCAAUCCAAUGCAACAACAAUUACCUCCGUCACCACCUUUACCUCUUCCGAACGCUCCUCCACCAUUUAUUCCAGGGCAAACUCCGAAUUCUUCUCCAGCCUACAUUCCGCCUCCGCAAAUGCUCCCACCGCAGUUACUUACAUCACCUGUUGCAAACAAUGGCAACAAUUUCCAGCCACAGUCCCAGCGUGGUUUCGUAAAUCCUUAUUCUUUGCCAAUACAGCAGAAUUACCAGCCUAACUUUAGUUCUCAAGGUGCUGGAUUUAAUAAUGGAUAUCCAAACCAGAGCCAAGUUCCUUAUGGAGUUCCAAAUUCGCAAAAUGUCCAAUUCCAACAAGGAAAUCAAUUCCAAACUUCACCACCAAAAGCAGCAUUUAUACCACCUCAAUACAUGUAA